CAGCCUGCAGCGAGAGCCCCUAUGACUUAUGUGGCGAAGAAGUGUGGCGUCUGCUUUCAGCCUCCAUCCAUCAUCUUGAUCUACAAAGAUGACGACAAGGAUAAGACUCGCCAGCGCGUCAUGCCCGUCAGAAACUUCUCUGAGUUCUCAGACUGCGGCUUGGCUGCGGAGCAGCUGAAGAACAACCCUCGGCACAAGGCUUACCUAGAAGGAGUCUCACUGCGUCAGCUGAAGAAGCUGUAUGGUCUGCUGAAGGGUCAUCUGGGAGGAGAGAGCCUGGCUGAGAGCUUGGAAAAGCUUCGGCAGGAGGAGACCAUUGACCCAGAAGAGGACAUGAACAAACUAGAUGACACUGAACUAGCCAAAAGGAAGAGCAUCAUGGAUGAGCUCUUCGAAAAGAACAGGAGGAAGAAGGACGACCCAGAUUUCAUCUAUGACAUUGAGGUUGAGUUUCCACAGGAUGAGCAGCUGGAGUCGUGCGGCUGGGACAUGGAGUCAGGUGAAGAAAUCUGA